AGUCGCGCUGGAGCCGCCGGAGCGAGUGCGAAUCGGACACGGCGAAAGAAACACACCGGCAUGGAAGGAAGCGGCUGAUGUGUGAGUCACUGGACGAGCUGACCUUACCUUGCUUUUGUAUUCUGUCCACCCGCACAGGCACAUACGCAAAGUCUUUUUUAUUUUUUUUUGACCAAGCAGCGUGUCCGAGUUGCAGCACAUAAUACCCGGCGGGAACGCACGCCGAGCAGCCCCUGGAGACCGGAGGGAUAUUUACAAUAGAAACUCAAUUCAUCCCCAAUAAGAAAAGCGGGGAGUGAAAGGGAACCCAGGAAUGAGAUUUUGGAUCCCCAACCGGACUUGUGACUGAUGGACGGAUGUGGAGGCAGCGACAGCCACAGGUCAACCGGGACACUUGACAUCAUCCACCGAAAGCGAGGGUUCAGUCAAGGGCGAGUGGGCCACAAGGACAUGUAUGUGAUAGCGAGCUCACAUGCUCCCGACUGACCGACGCUCGCCUUCCCACCGGCCCGUAGUCUCCUAAAGGCUGUCCAGCUCCCCGCGGCCGUGCUGGGCUUUCUGUCCCGACCUUCUCGGCUCCCACUUUGUGUGCGUGUACAUUUGGCAGCAUGGCGGGUCUGGCUUGUUGGAAGUAUUACCUCUGGAUCUUUAUCUUGACCUGUCGAACGGUGCGACUUUCAGCCAAAUCCUUGGAGACCAUCACUUGGAGCUCGCAAAAUUCCAAAUUUCUUGCUGGCAAAGGCCUGAUUAUAUACCCAGACAUCGGUGACAAGCUGGAUAUCAUCUGUCCCAGAGGGGACCAAGGCCGAGAGUAUGAGUACUACAAGCUGUACUUGGUGAAGAGGGAGCAGGCGGAGAGCUGCAGCACGGUCCUUGAUCCGAAUGUACUUGUUAAUUGCAACAAGCCGGAGAAGGACAUCAAGUUUACCAUCAAAUUCCAGGAGUUCAGCCCCAACUACAUGGGCCUGGAAUUCAAGAGGAACGUCAACUACUACAUCACCUCAACUUCCAACGGCACAGUGGAGGGCCUGGAGAACCGCGAGGGAGGCGUGUGCAAGAGCCGGGCCAUGAAAGUCAUCAUGAAAGUCGGACAAGUCCCAAAUGCAGUCAACCCUGCAGUGCCAGAGGAUACAGAAGAUAACGCUCUACCAGAGUCCAGUCCUAAACCACCAGACCAGGAUCGAUUGGGACCUGAGAUCCCGGGAAACCCUGACACCAUGAACCAGGACCAGUCUGGUUCCACCACAAACUCGGACGGCAUCCUGAGCUCCAAAAUGGCCGUGUUCUCCGCCAUCGGAGCGGGCUGUAUCAUCUUCCUGUUGCUCAUCCUCCUCCUGGUCAUUCUGCUCAUCAAAAUGCGCAAACGGGCCAGGAAAAAUGCCCACUCGCAGCCCCGCCCCUCCGCACUGUCCCUCAGCACCUUGUCCAAUCCCAAAAUGCCCGGAGGCACUGCCGGCACGGAGCCCAGUGACAUCAUCAUUCCGCUGCGGACAGAGAACAACUACUGCCCUCACUAUGAGAAGGUGAGCGGCGACUACGGGCACCCGGUCUACAUCGUCCAGGAGAUGCCCCCACAGAGCCCCGCCAACAUCUACUACAAAGUCUGACACUCAGCAGCAGAAGCAGCCCAGAGGAAAUUCAGAUUUAUGUUCUUGGAAGAACACUGCUUUGUGUUUUGGGGACUUGAUUGUUGCUUCAAGCCCGUGCUCUUUCUACCACCUGCUGCACAAAUCUGGAGAGAUGCGCCCGGACCAGAAUCCGGUGAUCAGACUGAUGAGAGACGUUUAUUCUGUGGGUUGUUAUUCUUUGGGUUGUUUGGAAAUCCCCACCCUUCCUUUCUCCUUCCUUCACCUCCCACCUAGAACGUCUCCCUGCUGUGCUCCGAUGAGGGCUGCCGGGGGUGCGGGUGGCUGGAGUGAAUCAAAAGACAGAACUUCCUGGUUUGCUGUCCCCUUUAAUGGACCGGAUAUAACACUAACUGGCUCCCUGACGCUACAACACACAAACCUUGCACACUAGCCAGGAACAGGCAAUUUGCGUUGCACGGAUGAAAUUUGUGUGUGCCCGUGUGUGCCCGUGUGUGUGUGUGUGUGUGUGUGUGUGUGUGUGUGUGCGCGUGCACCUGCGUGUCAGAAGGGGCUCCAUGCGUGGCCGGGAAACUCUCCAGAUAGCUCAGGUAUCAGACACAGUGUAUGACAUAUUGUGUUCCUCUCCCUUCGCACCUCGGAUAUUUGCCUUACUUCCCUGACUCAGUUCACAAAGCAGUUGUAUUUUGUUAGACUUUUCCUACAAGUGCACAAUGUAUAGAGUUGAAUAGAUGAUCAUUAUUAUUACUCAUCAUACCACUCAUGUCAUCGAUUACAGUAGAAACCUGCACUGGUGGUAUCAAGGUGUGUCUUUGCUCCCUCUAAUACGCCGUUACUUUGGUAUUUAUGACCUACCAGGGUGUGUCCUGUCUGUGUAUGCGUGUGUGUACGUUUGGGCAUGUUAGGACUUAUUUGCUUGGAGAGUUAGAACAGCGAGUUACUGUAUUGGAAGCUUAAAAAACAAAAAACGACAACAGAACACAAAUGUUCUCCAGCAUUCCACAUCUAUUUGGAGAUGUCAUUCUUUCUGGUGAGCGUUAAGGAUUUUUCAAAAGGCAACAGACAUGUUGCAAUGUGUUUGCUGCAAUUUGUGGUGCAACAAUGUAAGUAAGCAGUUUGGGAUAGACGGGAGGUUGGCCUACAUAGUUAGGUUAUCCUAUAUAAGUCAAAUGGCUUACCACAGAUGGAUGCACUAUUGUCUGUAAAUGGCUGCCAUCUGUAGAUGAGUCAGUGGAGUUCACACUAAUAUGUGCCAUCUCCAUGCCCACAUUGCCCACAUUCACCAGCCGGGAAGUAGGAAAUGUCUCUGUGAGUUGGCUUUAAUGUGCGAGGAAGAUGGUAAGCUUUAGGUAUUUUUUUAUUUUUACAGGCUCACACUGGUUCUGAUGUGAAUUAGGGAGAGGGGGGCAUUAAAUUCCACAGUGUAGGUGCGAGGAUUCUGCAGCUCACUUAUCAGCAGCACCGGGAGCUUGGAUUUGUGCGCACUGCAGCUGUAGAUCACAUGUUGUGUGACAGCUAAUUGCUUAUAGUUGCAGUUUGUGGGUGUGACUUUGUGAGUGUGUGUGAUUGCUUUUGUGGUCUAGCAGACCAGUUUCGGGACAGGAAGUAGGUGCUCCACACAGUGUGGCUGCCAAAGUAAGGUGCAGUCUCACGUAAUGAUGUGUAAGAGGAGAGGACAGCCAUUCCUCAGCAUGCAAGCUGACACACACGCACACACGGCACACGCACACACAUAAAGACUGACGGGUCCAGGUUGCUCUCCAGGUUAGACUGCCGCUUGGUGUUUACUCACCGUCAGAGACACCUAUCAUCUCCAGUCACAUCCAUGGAUGUUCGCUGCUGAGUUAAAAGGCAGCUCCGCUUGAGGAGCUCGGGAAAGACUCUUGCGUGUCGUUAACCUCAGAGUUAACAACCUAAACAGCUGCCUGAGCUUUCGUGGUCCUGCGUUUUAACUCAGCAUGCAGCCCUCAUCAGUUCCUCUGCGAUAAACGUCGACAUCAAAUAUUUUGCUUUCGGAUCAGCGUGCCCCCACCUUCACCAACCAAGGGAGUCAUUAUCACAUCACCACAAAACAUAUUUCAUUUUCAUCCAUUCUUGUGACCACUUAAUGUUAUUCAAAUUGGGGGAGAAACAUUAAGAGAGUAAUGUAAAUAUAUGCAUAGAGCGCAAUUUAAGAUGUAAUUUCACCUGAACACUGCUCAUAAAAAAAAAAAAAACAACAAAAUUAGAAUUUUUUAAUGGAGGAUAUUUGUAAAUAGCUGUCUUUAUAAGGUGUUUUGUAUCAAUCCUUUUCAUCUCUGUUUGCAAUAUGUCUAUUUUCAUUUCUUUCAAAGUCCAACAUAUUAUUGCAACAGAGCUGUCUUCUUUUGCAGUGUCCAGUAUUGUGUUUGUUACCACAAGUGCUGCAAAAACCGGGGUUCCAAGUUUUGACGUUGCCGUUCAACAUGCUUCUUGUUGUCUGCGACACUGAGCGUCUUUGAAAAGGAGUAUUCAUUCCCACGACGAAUGACAACAUCCUCCCUAUGUUGGAAGCAGCACUUCACCUUGCAAAGGAUUUUUUUUUUUAAUCCACUCUUUCUGAGUAACCUACACUUCCACCACUGGUAUAAAGUAAGACAAAACAAUGAAAGAUUAAACUUUUGUCUCACACACACACACACGGGUGCGAAGAGGCAGGGGAGGAGAGGAAAAAGAAAAGGGGCCACGUAUGACAGUGUGACCGCUCUCCAAUAAAUCAUCCGCUUUACACCACUCAUUAUCUCCCAGGCUGUCCUUUGUUUUACUUUUUCUUUCCCGCCACCUCCCUCAGCCCCUGUCAUCCUUCUAAUUUAGCACGUGGACGUUGCUCGCGCUGAGCCUCGCCGGAGGGGGAUUUCUGCCAUUGUUCAAAGCCACAGUAUUAUUUUUCAGUGUGCAUGUAUAAGCAAAGUCUGUUCAAAUUGUUUCCCUAUGUUUGAAUCAUUACUGUCACGUUUUAUUAUUUGAUAUCAGUUUUUAUUUUGCCUCCUCCUUUUUUCUCGCCGCUUCUCAGCGUAACCUAUCGGCACCAGCUACAAUGGAAAUACAACGUUCCACCAGUUUGGAAAAUACUGCAUAUUGAUAAAUAAAUUUUUCCCAUGGAACUUG